AUGCCGGGCGGAGCAUGGGCAUGUCUGGUGACCGCGCUGAUGCUCCUGGUCCUGGGGGAAGACCAGCAAGAAUGCUCUCCUGGGGGCCACCAGUUCCUUCGGAGUCCUUACAGAAGUGUCCACUUUGACUCGGUGUACCUCCAGCAUUCCGCUGCUCAAAACCUGAUCUGUGACCAUUCUCUCAUCCCUGGAUGGUACCGAUUUCUCAUCUUUGACAGACCCGCUGAGAUGCCAACCAAAUGUGUUGAGAUGAACCACUGUGGAACUCAGGCCCCCAUCUGGCUAUCUCUGAGUGGUUCAGAAAAACUGCCUCUUCCUGGAGAGAUCAAGCAACUGAGAGCUUGUGCCACUUGGCAGUUUCUGUUUAGCACUGAAAAAGACUGCUGCCUCUUUCAAAUCCCUGUGUCUGUUAGAAACUGUGGAGAUUUUUUUGUGUACUUCCUGCAACCCACUCAGGGAUGCAUGGCUUACUGUGCUGAAGCUAUUUCUGAUGUGAAGUUACACACAUGUGGCCCUGGAGAAAUAGAAAUUGGAGGUGAUUGUAUUGGCUGGCUAUCCACAGUAUCACCUCCUCCACCUCCGGGCAGUCCGAAGGUGACAGUGGAGCUGGUUGACUCACAGGUGUUUUGUAGGUGUGCUUUUGAUGUCCCCCCCAUGAACAACUCAGUAGGGUUCCUCAUAGCCUGGUCUAGAUUUUCUUCCCAAGAAAUCAAAGAAGAGCUGAGACAAGAGAGCACUCUUCAGGCAUUUUCCCUCUUAGAACUUGAUGGUAUAAAUCUCAGACUUGGAGAUAAGAUAUUCUGCAGUGCUUCCAUCUUUUUAUUGGAGAAACCAGAUGUUCAAAGCAUUGCUGUUGAAAGCCAGGGAUUUUUUGCAGGAAUUAGGUUAAAACCUGAACUGAGCACUAUAUCAGAAGAUGGGAAGGAAUACCAGCUAAGGGUAGAGAGUACAAUUCCUAUCGUUUGCUCUGAAUUUAGUGAUCAAGGUUGCAAAAUCUCAUUAAGACUGAGAACCAUCGAACAAGGUAAAGAACACCUAGGCUUAAAUUUGGCGUUAUCUUCCUGCCAUGUGGACCUUUACCAGAAUUCUUCUUGUAGCAAUGGAAUAUGUAGCCAUGCUGCCGUGUACUACACCGCUAUGACAGACUUCUCCCGGGAUGGAGACAGAGUCACAGACAUCACUGUGGAACCCGUAGUCAGUGAGCAUUUCCUCUGGGACAAAUACAUUCCAGACAGCAUCCAGAUAAAAGUCAAGGACGUCCCAUCAGCUUACUGCUAUUCAUUUACUGACCCACACAUAAUUACCUUUGAUGGCAGGGUAUAUGAUAACUUCAAGAUGGGAACAUUUGUACUUUAUAAGAGUGUGUCACGUGAUUUUGAAAUACACGUACGGCAGUGGGACUGCGGGAGUCUUCAGUAUCCUGGGUCAUGUAACUGCGGUUUUGUUGCCAAAGAAGAAUCUGACAUCGUUACUUUUGAUAUGUGCAGUGCCCACUUGUAUGAAUCUCCACAAUAUUUAUUUGUAAAGAGCCAAGAUUCAUCAUCAAGCAACAUUAGAAUAACUGAAUCUUAUUUACGAAGAAAAAUCACGGUUUGGUUCUCCUCUGGAGCAUUCAUCCGUGCUGACCUCAGUGUGUGGGGUAUGAGUCUAACACUCAGGGCCCCUAGUUUAGACUACAGAAACACACUAGGGCUCUGUGGCACUUUCGAUGAAAACCCAGAAAACGAUUUCCAUGACAAAAACGGGAUCACAAUUGAUCAUGAUGCCAACAAUUAUCUUGCUUUUAUCAAUGAAUGGAGGCUUUUACCAGGAAGAAGCAUGUUUGACAAAAGCCCAGCUUCCCAGCAGUUUCUGGCGAAACUAUCCUACUGUAGCUGCUUGGUGGGUACCGCCUCACAGCAUCUGGACAGCGGCUCUCGCUUAGAAAUGGCUUCCAGCUGCAAAGACCACAAGGACAUCCAGUUCUCUUCCUUGAUACCAGGCCUAGAUAUCACCUCUGAAUAUAUCGACACAGAAGCUCUUGUUAGAAAAAUAAGCACUCAUGCACCCGAGGAAGAAAAUAAUUUGAAUUUCUUACUCCAAGAAAAAGCCCAUACAAACCUAACCAAACUGGAGUUACGUUUGCAGCAUCCUGAAAAUGAGACACAAAACCCACCGAAAUUUUUCAGUAAUGAGAGGCACACACAGGCCUGGGAGAUCAGGAGCAAUCCACAAAACAGACGGAAACGACGAAACUUGAAGGACUUGUUUCCCAUGUUCGAUUUCCAGGGUCUCGGACAAACCAACCUGGAAGAGUUUUCUUAUUUUUUCCCCGAGGACCACACUGACGACAGCCAGCAGGAAUUUGUGCCCUCAUGGCCCACAGCCUCGGGCCUCACUGAACUGAGCAUCUUGGCUCUCUGUCAGCAGACUCUAGUCAACUCCAGCAUCGGGAGGCUCUGCCUUCCCUUUCUUGGCAGUACACUAAACCGUGCUAUAGACAUGUGUGUGCAUGACAUUCUGCGGAAGGACGACGUGAGGUGGGCAGAAGCAGGGGUGGCCUUGUUAGAGAAUGCAUGUGAGAGAAGGCUUCUAGAGGAAGGAAAUCACGGCUCAGAAGAAUACGGGAAGUCAAUAGGAGGCAUUCUCGAAGUGUUAAAAUGCCCCAAUCUAUGCAGCGGCCAUGGCCAGUGUACGGACUGGGGCUGUGCCUGCUUCCCAGGCUACAGUUCCUAUGACUGCAGUGACGCAUAUGAUAUAGCUCCUGAAAUUACAGAGCUUGAGAAUGCCGGAUUCUGUGAUAUUCAGAAGCAGAAUUGUGUUACAGUGAGAGUUUUUGGUCAAGGCUUCAAAGAAUCACCUUACAUCAAGUGUGAAGUUACUAAGCUAGAGUAUAAUGGCAGUGAAUGGGUGCGUGGAGCAAGUGUCUAUACACAGACAGUCUUUCAAGACAGCAGUGCAGUUGAUUGUCAACUACCUACUAAUAGCCAACAUUUUGAAACUAUGGAUCUCAUGAGAGAGAAGUUCUUUGCAAAGUUGCAAUUAAAGGUAUCUAACGAUGGUUAUGCAUUCAGUAAUCCCAAGAUAAUGACUAUAUAUGAUGGCGUUUGUCAAAUUUGUGAACUCCAGGAGAAUGGCUCAUGCAUUAUGAAGGGUAAUGUUUGUGUUAUUAAUGGUCUCUGCUACAAUGAAGGGGAUAAAAACUCUACCAGCUCUUGUUUGGUUUGUAGACCCCAAAUAUCAAAUUCAACUUGGUCAUUUUUGGAAAAUAACCAGCCCCCUGUGAUACAGGAACUGCAAGGCACAUUACAAGUAUUUUACGGAGAAGACUUUGAAUACCAGUUCAUGGCCUGGGAUCCGGAAGGUUCUGAGAUACAUUUUACACUGGAUUCUGGUCCUGAUGGAGCAAGCAUCUCCUCCGAAGGACUUCUUACAUGGAAAACAGAGUCACUGACUCCUCAGAGAUUCACUGUCCAUCUUAAGGAUGACUGCAAGGCUGAAACUAUUGUCACAAUGGAGGUGACUGUGAAGCCUUGCGACUGCUUGAAUGGAGGCUCCUGUGAGUCUGAUAGGAAAUUUCCUCCAGGAAGUGGAGCAUACCUGUGUGUCUGCUUGCCUGGUUUCCAUGGCCGCCUUUGUGAAGUUGAUGCCGGCAAGAACUGUGAGGAAGAUGUUGAUGGGUGUGAAUCUUGGCCUUGUGUCCCAGAUUUGAGCAUUCAAUCACCAUCAGAGGAGCGUUUACUAUCAAGGCCAAGCUUUACUGAAAGUCCUGGAACAAUUACCAAUGAAUUCUUAAACUCAACAGGCACUUCUCACUUGUCUAUAAAAUCAGUUACAACUCAAAUGGAUAAUACAAAGAAGGCCACUUCUCAUCAGACACCUGCUUAUGAGCAUGCAGAUCACAUUCUCAGUACAAAUCUUACUCCCAAUGAGUCACAAGUUUCUGCAAAAAGUGGUGCUCUUUUAAGCAGCAAUCCUAGCAGAUCUCUUGGGCAAAUAAGAGAUGAUAUCCAGGGCACUGUUCAAACAGACGUGAGAAGGGGUAAUGCUCAAAUUAGCAAACCUUUCCAAGGUGUUACUCAGUAUGAGUUUGCAUCAUUGACUACUGAAGAGAACACUAUCUUGCCAGAGAGCUAUGGAUCAACCAAAAUAUCGAAUUGCACAGAAUCAACUUGUUUCCUGGGUGUUCCCUGCGUGCCAACCAUCAAUGGUCACUUCAAGUGUGGACACUGCCCCAUUGGGUAUUAUGGAGAUGGGACCAACUGCAGAGCAUUUUGUAGACACUCAUGUGGAAGAAACAGGCAAUGUGUUGCACCAAAUAUAUGCAAAUGUAAACCCGGUUACACUGGUUCCAACUGCCAAACUGCCAUCUGUCACCCUGUUUGCAAAAAACAUGGAAAAUGCAUUAAGCCUAACAUCUGUGAAUGUCCUCCAGGGCAGGAUGGAGCAACCUGUGAUGAAGAACGUUGUCGCCCUCCUUGCCAACAUGGGGGCACAUGCUUGCCUGGCAAUCUCUGCACUUGCGCUUAUGGAUUUGUAGGGCCAAGGUGUGAAAUAUUGGUCUGUAACAAGCACUGUGAAAAUGGAGGCAAAUGUGUUGCACCAGAUAUUUGCCAGUGCAAGUCUGGCUGGUAUGGACCCACCUGUAGUACAGCUCUGUGUGAGCCUGUUUGCCUCAAUGGUGGUUCCUGUUAUAAGCCAAAUACUUGUCUCUGCCCUGAUGGAUUCUUCGGCGCACAGUGCCAGAAUGCUGUCUGUCACCCUCCCUGUAAGAAUGGUGGCCACUGUGUGAGAAAUAAUGUGUGCACCUGUCGUGGUGGGUACACCGGAAAAAGAUGCCAAAAAAGCAUCUGUGAACCUAUGUGCAUGAAUGGAGGAAAAUGUGUGGGACCAAAUAUUUGCUCCUGUGCUUCUGGUUGGAGUGGGAAACAGUGUAACACACCGAUCUGCCUUCAGAAAUGUAUGCAUGGCGGUGAAUGCGUAGCUCCCAGCAUGUGCCAUUGCCCUUCCUCCUGGGAAGGGGUACAGUGCGAAAAACCCGUCUGCGCCCAGAAGUGUCUUCAUGGAGGGAGAUGUGCAUUUCCCGGUGUAUGCUCUUGCCGCCCUGGAUACUCUGGAGUAAAAUGUGAAAAGAAGAUACAGAUGAAACAUCCCUGAGGUACAAGCGCUACUUACAAGCCUCUGUCAUUGGAG